AUGUCAUUCUUCAGGUCAAAUUCAGUUUCCCUCACAAAUUCCUCGGACGCCUCCGACAAGCUGAAAAGUAAUUUACAAAGCGCAAUAUUAAAGGAAAAUCCAAAUGUUAAAUGGGAAGACGUUAUUGGGCUGGAAAGUGCUAAGGAAGCCUUAAAAGAAGCAGUGAUCCUUCCCAUCAAAUUCCCUCAAUUGUUUUCUGGAAAAAGAAAGCCUUGGCGCGGGAUUCUUUUGCUCGUCAAGUCUCUCUUUGAGAUGGCCAGAGAGUCGAGACCGUCAAUCAUAUUCAUCGAUGAAAUAGACUCUUUAUGCGGAUCUAGAACAGAUGGCGAGAGUGAAGCAUCCAGAAGGGUGAAGACAGAAUUUCUCGUCCAAAUGCAAGGUAGACUGUCAAGGUGUGAUUAUUAUGGUGUAGGUGUCGGCACUGAUGAUAAAGGAAUCCUUGUCCUGGGAGCAACAAACACACCGUGGCAAUUGGAUCCGGCAAUACGGCGGCGGUUCGAAAAACGGAUAUAUAUUCCGCUUCCGCACCCACUUGCCCGAUAUAAAAUGUUUGUCGAAGGAAUAGGAGAGGAGGCAGCUCUAUCCCAUCAAGAUUUGAAGCAGUUGGCCGUGCUUUCGGAAGGGUUUUCUGGAUCGGAUAUCAAUGUGUUGAUUCGAGACGCACUCAUGCAGCCUAUAAGAAAAAUACAAAUGGCGACACAUUUUAAACCAUUCAAUGCAGAUUCUUCCUCUUCUCCUUUGAAAUCAUCCGCUAAAGACAUGAUGACACCUUGUUUAGCGGGAGAGCCGGGAGCAAUUGAAAUGAACUGGACCUUGCUCAAUUCAGGCCAGUUAAUGGAGCCACAGCUGGUGAUGGACGACUUUUUGAAAUCGCUUGGCAGAGUAAAGGCCUCUGUUUCAUUUGCAGACAUAGAAAAGCAUCUUGAAUUUACAAAAGAAUUUGGUGAGGAUGGUUAA